UUACAGGGAUAUUCUUGUUGCGCUGUGUGAAUUUUGCGAUCAACCAUUCCAGGCGAACAUAAUGGUUGGAAAUCAGUCCGAAAUCUUGGAUGAACCGAUUACAAUUGAACCUUCGUUGGGUAUCACUACGUUGCAGACUGCGCAUCCAUCAGAAUUGCCGAGAAAGUCUACAUCGUCAGGUGAAAUCAUCCGGCUGCAGCAGCAGCUGUGCGAUUUGAAAACCAGCUUUCCUUCUAGUGGACAAAGUUCGGAACCACAUUCAGUAGAAAUUGAAAAUUUUUUGAACUAUUACCAUCCGCAACAUACGAUUUAUACUGACGUCGGUUUUCAAAUAAAUGAGAAAUGCAGUAAUCAAAAUGCCUUCACUUGAUUCUAGCUUCUCAAAAUCAAAAGAUGAUCCCAUUAGAUUGGGAAAUCACCAAACAGUUUCAAUCUUUCCUAUCCUGAUUUUCCAAAUUUGCUGAAUCAAGUGUGAUUAUAUUUAAUGAUUUAAACAGUUUGUCUGUUUGUCUAUCUGUCAAUCUAUCCAUAUCUAUGCUGUAUCUCUUAGCGGUUUGCAGACUGUAAUUUUUAGACUUUGUUGUGAGAGGUGGAAAUUGUAUACAAUGUGUGAAUUUUUUCCUCAUUCUAGGAAUGAUUUGUUUUAUUUGCACCCGUUUUGUUUGCAGUAUUGUUUAUCAUGUAACUGCUUACGUUGCAGAAAUAUUCACCGUUCAACGAGGGAGCCAUCCGUCUCAACUAGUAAUUUAUUAAGUUCUAAAGGUAUUGCGAAACAAAGUGGUACAUUCAUUUUCUGUUUAUUAAAUGAUUAUCAAAAUUCUUGAACUAAUAUUCAUAGCUCAUUUGCUGUGUGGCUGUGCUGGUGCGACAGUACUCUCAGAUGUAGCUUCACGUACGAACUCUUGAAAGUGAUUCACAAGGCCAACCGUCAAACCACUC